UCUUCAGCGACCAGGAGACCCUGAACCCUGGGUGGCUGGUCAGAGCAGCCUCCUCCCACCAUGGAGGCAGGAGGGAAGGACUGUGAAGAGGAGACACUGCAGACAGCCUUUAAGAAGCUGCGGGUGGAUGCUGAGAGCGCACUCGGAGCCGUGAGUGUUUCCGAGGCGCUGGCUCCCAGAGCGACAGCGCGACCUUGUCUCGACACCGGCGGAGCGAAGCCCAAGCUCAGCUGCCCAAAGGACAACUGGCACGGCUGUAUGAGGAAAACCUCCAGAGGAGCAUCCAGAACCCAGCGGCGCCGGAGGUCCAAGUCCCCCAUCCUCCACCCCCCGAAGUUCACCUACUGCAGCACGGCCACAGCCUCUGCACUGACGACCUCUAGUGGCUGCCUGAAGCACCAGCGCCUGGCCGUGCCUGAGCCUGCGGAGCCUCGUCCGACGCUCGACGGCAGAUCCGCCUCCUCCGCAGCUCUCCCGGCCCAGAAAGAGCUCUUGUCUUCAGGCUCCCCCGGCCACAUCGCUCCCCUGGUUUUUGGAUCGUGCGCUGGUUACGAGUCACGUGUUGGAGCCGUGGUUUCCUCGCCAUCUUUACAAGAGAUCCCCGGUGUCAUCACUACAGUUGUAGAGCAGGAGGGGGGAAACUGUGGAGGUGUCCGGUCGAGGGAGGAGGAGGAAAGUGCCUGUGAUGGAGCGGCGUCUGGAGCAGGAGCAUCUCUAAGAUCCGGACCCGCUGAGGUCGCUGACUUCCGAGCCUUAUCGAGCUCUGCAGACGGCGCCCUCGUGCCCUGCUGCUGUGCCCAGAGGAAAAGCUCAGAUUCACAAGAGGAGAGCGUGCAGGGCGCUGAAACCCAGUGCCAGUCGCAUCAUCAGGGCUGGCACGGCGUGGAGGUGUAUUCCUUCACGGGGCUCCGCGAUGUCAUCUCAGAGUGUGAGCGGAGCCUGCCAAGCCACGGCGACGCCCACAGAACUGUCAGCACCAACAGUAACGCAGCCGCCGCAGGGUCGUCACCGCCGCUGUCGUCAGGCUCCCCCCGCUCAUGUUCGGAGCAGGCGCGCGGUUACGUCGAUGACAUCACAAUAGAUGAUCUUUCUGGCUACAUGGAGUAUUAUCUUUACAUCCCCAAGAAGAUGUCACACAUGGCGGAGAUGAUGUACACUUAGGAGCGUUAAAUAUUAUUAUAUCAAGAGGAUUAAAAGAGGUAAAGAGGAUUUUUUUUUUCGUCAGACGAAUGUCGCUGCAGGGGAAAGUUCACUCGUUAUUUUAUUUUCACUUCUUUGUUGUGCUACAUUGAUAAAAUUCUUCUACUUCUUUUUAAUUUAAUUUUGAGCUAACAUGAAGUUGCCAAAGCUGUUGGUGCGGGGUCGUACAGAAGGAGAGAACAGUAGAAAUCACGAGUGUGAUGAUGUUUGUGGUGUCGUGACCUCCAGAGUUCCGUGUCUUCAUGAUUUCAUUUCCUUCAAUAAAGACGCAAAAUGUUUUUGUUGGAAAAA